AUGUCUAAUACUGUCAUAGACGAUGAUGGAGCUGGUAUGCAUGACAAUUUUGAUGAAUUAUUGCAUGAUAGGUUUAGAGAUGUGGCAGAAGAAAUAAGUACGGUGCAGGAAGGCUUAAAUGAAGAGGCCACAAAGUUCUAUAAACUAGUGGAAGAAGGAAAACAAGAGUUAUUCCCAGGUUGUAAAAAUUUCACAAAGCUAUCUUUCAUCAUCCGACUUUUUCUCUACAAGACGCUUCAUGGGCUAAGUAAUGUAGCAUUUAAUGAUCUAUUACAACUUUUUCAAGAGGUGAUUCCAGAGGCAAAACUUCCUACUAGUUUUACACAAGCUAAAAAUAUCGUGAAGGAUUUGGGGCUUGACUACAAAAAGAUUCCCACGUGUCCGAAUGAUUGCAUGCUACACUGGAAGGAUCAUGAACAAGAUGAUACCUGCCACAUCUAUCAUACCUCUAAGUGUAAACAAUUUGAUGAGAAACAAGAGAAUGUCGAUGAUAUGGAUGAAGAACAUGAGUCUGGUGGACCAAUAUUUGUCAAUAAGGGUCAUCCUAUUAGAGGUAAAAAGCGAAGAAAAGGAAGGCUUAUAACUUUAGAUCUUAUUUUAAGGGAACAAGCACAUCAUUCUGCCUUAUUCAAUUCUGAUUGUGCACAAGUUCAUGAAUAUAUCAAUGAGCAUAAAGUUUAUAUUGACACUCAACCACGAAAAAGACGAUGGGCACGUGCCCAAAACCAUAGUCAUGAGUUUGCCGACUGGUUAAAAGAGAAAGUUAAAAGUAAUAAUGUUCCGGAUCAUAUUUUUUGGCUUGCUAAAGGUCCUAGUCCUACUUCAAAGAGAUAUCACGGGUAUUAUGUCAAUGGAUAUAGGUUUCAUACAAAAUCACGAGAUGCUAAAUGCCAUACUCAGAAUAAUGGUGUUUCUAUUACAGCUUUAACUCCUAGCUUUGCAAGUUCUAGAGACAAAAAUCCAGCUGUGGGGGAUGUUGACUACUAUGUUCUCAAUAGGGUUCCUAGAGAUAUCUAUGACCUCGAAGAUGAAAGCAGUGAAACUAUUGGUGACUCGUAUUGGUCCGAGCCUAAUGAAGACAGGUUCAAUUCUUUUGCACAAGUUAGUGAACAUGAGAUUCAGUUGUCAAGAAACGAUAUGCCUCCUCUUGUAGUUGAUGCAAAUACAAAUUUAGAUGAGGCUGAUGAAGCUAAUAGUGAUAGUGGAGGCGAUUCUGAUUAUGACGAUACAUUAUGGGAUUGGAUGGAAGCAGAUGAAGACGAGGCUCAUUGA